CUAAUAACUAAAUUCCUUUAGAAUGUUUACUUAAAUGGUAGUUUGUUAGUGAUAUUUUUAUUUAUUCCCUGAUAAAUCAGUGUUUCUAAAUGAGAGACUCUGUUUCUCUAUUGUGUGAUGUGGUGUGAUGGACUCUUUACUGUUCCACUCCAAUAAAACUGCACUUAUUUAUAUUUAUUAGAUUGUAUCAUAGAGUAAGUUUGGCUGUGAAGUGUUAAACGCUGCUCAGAGCUGUCUCAGUGUAACUGAAAACCACAGCUGGAUUUCCUGUGGAAGAGGUCUGUUUUUUUCUUCCUUACUGAAAGCGGAACGUUUUGUGGUCUAAACAUUGCUCCUCAACCCAAACCACUCUCUAUCAUUCUUCUCAUAAGACGAGCGCUGAGUUGAUACCUGCAUUUAUAUGAGUGUGUUCAUAUCCUCACCAUCCUCCUCCUCAUCAUUCAUCUGCAUCAUCAUCAUCAUCAUGUUCUGUUGUUCUCUCCUGCUGGUUCUGCUGGUUCUCGCCUACCUUCAGUCCAUCACAACGGCCAACAAUGCAAAUGGACCAGAUCGAUGCUGUUUCAGUUACCAGACACAUCCAAUCCCUGUAAGAUGCAUUACAGCCUAUGAAAAAACAGAACGUCAGUGUCAAAAACCUGGAGUCAUUUUUACCCUAAAAAGUGGUCGCCAUGUGUGUGCAAAUCCCAGAGAUCAGUGGGUGCAGAAAUCCAUGAAAAUAAUUCACAGCCACUCGUUUACAAGCUGGGUCGAACCUAAAGAUGCAAGUGUACCAUGGAAAUUCUGUUUCCGUUACCAGACACAUCGAAUCCCUGUAAGACUCAUUAUAGCGUACAGAGUAACAGACCCUCACUGCUCAAAUCCUGGAGUCAUUUUUACCCUAAAAAGUGGUCGCCAUGUGUGUGCAAAUCCCAGAGAUCAGUGGGUGCAGAAAUCCAUGAAAAUAAUUGACAGCCGCUCGUUUACAAGCUGGGUCGAACCUAAAGAGCCUGACAAAUCGGUUCCUCCUCCCUCACCCAUUAGAAAUGACCCUGACAAACCAGUUUCUACUGCCUCAUCCAAUAUAGAACCUACAAGUCAUCCAGCUCAACAGGAUUACAUGCAGGAAAUGGGUAAGUUAAAUUGUCACUGUUACUUUUUAAUUUGUGUGUGUUUGUAUGUAUCAAUCUCUAUUCAUUUUUUUUCUAAGCGAUUCCCAGUAAAGACACAACGUAGGUGACGUAAACCACAGCAAAUCUAAAUCAUCUUCAUGCCAUGAUUGCUAUUAAUUGUGGAUUUAAAAACUAGUGGUUCAUGGUUAGUGGUAAAUUGAUGUGGUUCGAUACAAAAGGCAAUGAUAAUGCUGAAUACAGACGAGUGAAAACACUUCAUAAACAUUUUAUUCUGAGUGGGAAUUCACCUUGUAUAUAAUAGGAAUGUCUAGAGUUUUAGUAUAUUAUAGUUUUAUCUGCAGUGCUAUAGUAGAAUCUACUGUUGUAUAGUGUUAUUAUGGU